UAAUAAAGAGGAACAAGGAACCACCAAGAAGGGAGUCUAAUGCAUCUGAUUCAAGGUCGGCAUGGGGUGGAGAAGGCAAAAAUCCAGCCUGCCGCCCCAACUUAUUGAAAUUCCCAAGACUAUGUUACUCAGUAAAGAGGCGAACUGAACCUUUUUUAGGAUUAAAAUAGAGUACGAUUACAACGGCGACGUUUAGUUCAGGCAGAACAAGGAAAACGAGAGAAAAUUGCUCGCUGCGACAAAAAAUCAAAAGACGCAGCUGCUUCCAUGGCGAUUAGGUCACUGAUAACGAAUCAUCUGAGAAAUAACAGUUACUUCCAUGAACUUCAAUUCGAAGCAAGAAACCUCUUUAAAUCUUUAUUACCAAUCAGUAAAGCCAGCACCGAGUAUAAAUAUAUUCAUAGCAGCAGCAGCAGCCGCCUUGAAACUGAAAUUUUGAGACUGAAAAGCCCAAGCAGAGUGCUUCAAGAUUGGAUCAACAACGGAAACAAGGUUAAGCUCUCCCAGCUCAAUUUGAUCUCUAAACAACUCCUCAAAUCUAAGCGCUACAAACAAGCCCUUGAGAUAUUACAAUGGAUGGAAAAUCAAAACAACUUUCGCAUAACGCCGGGGCAUCAUGCUUUAAUGAUGGAAUUGAUUGUUAAAGUGAAUGGUUUAAAUAAAGCUGGAGAGUAUUUUGAACGAAUUCCCGGUUCAGGCUCUAAAAAAGCUGCGUCUUUGCCUCUUUUACAUGGUUAUGUGAAAGAAAGAGAUAUCAGUAAAGCUGAGAGUUUCAUGAUCAAGUUGAGUUCCUCGGGCCUCCUUGUGACCCCUCAUCCGUACAAUGAGAUGAUGAAGCUUUACAUGGCUCUGUCUCAGUAUGAGAAAGUGCCUCUUGUGAUUGCAGAGAUGAAGCGAAACAAGUUAUGUCGAAAUGUUCUUUCUUAUAAUCUUUGGAUGGGUGCCUUUGGAGAGGUCUUUGAGGUUGCCAAAGCGGAGAUGGUUUACAAGGAAAUGGUGAGUGAUGAAAAUGUUGAGGUGGGCUGGAGUACGCUAGCUAGUUUGGCUAAUGUUUAUAUCAAGGCAGGGUUUGUUGAUAAAGCUCUUUUGGUGCUUAAAGAUGCGGAGAUGAAGUUGUCUACUAAUGGCCGGCUUGGUUACUUCUUUCUCAUUACGUUGUAUUCGUCUUUGAAGAAUAAAGAGGGAGUUCUUCGGCUUUGGGAAGCAAGUAAAGCGGUUGGUGGGAGGAUCCCUUGUGCUGAUUAUAUGUGCGUAAUUUCAUGCUUGGUUAAGGUAGGUGACCUUGUAGCAGCAGAGCAGGUAUUUGCAGAAUGGGAGACAAAUUGUUUCAAGUAUGAUAUUAGAGUCUCGAAUGUGCUUCUAGGUGCAUAUGUACGGAAUGGAUUGAUGGGAAAAGCUGAAUCGUUUCAUCUUCAUACAGUUGAGAGAGGUGGGUGCCCAAAUUACAAGACUUGGGAGAUUCUUAUGGAGGGAUGGGUGAAAAGCCAAAAGAUGGAAAAAGCCAUUGAUGCCAUGAAGAAAGGCUUUUCUGUGUUGAAGGUGGAACGUUGUGAUUGGAGGCCAUCGCACAGUAUUUUGAUGGCCAUUGCUGAGCACUUUGAGAAGCAAGGAAAUUUUGAAGAUGCAAAUCACUAUAUUAAGGCUGUUCACGGUUUGGGUGUUGCAACUUUACCUUUGUAUAAACGAUUCCUUAGAAUGUACCUCAAUGCUCAGAGACCAGCAUGGGACAUCCUUAAAAUGAUGGAGAAGGAUAGGAUUGAGCUGGAUGAUGAAACUUCUGCCCUUGUUGCCUUGAACUCGUGAUUGAUGGCAUAGGUCAUUGCAGUAGAUUUGGAGAUGGCAUUGGUAACUGAAACCAAUGGAUGAUGCUCCGACCUUGUUGAAAUGGGUAGGGUGUUUUUUGCUGAAAAACAAAUUCUGUUUUGGAUAAAUUGGUUAAUAACUGGAGGUUAUGGUUUUAGUGUUACCUGAACCGAAACAAGAUUUUUAUCUCAAGUUUAUUUGGUGCUAUAUUAUAUGGUUGGAUAUGAAAGUUUUUAUGUAGAAUUUAUUAGGAGGUUGUUAUUAUGACUCAAUUUCCUUCAAAUAUCCGUAUAGCCAUUUCUCCAAGUUGUUCCUCACCUAUGUUUAAAAAUGCCUGGCUUUCUUGGUGCUUUGCUUGGCUGAAAUCAAAACUCCCACCGUCCCAAAACCAAGCAAAGCUGUGUUCCAUCUUCACCACCACCUCAUAUCAUCAAUUCAUGGAUACAAGGAAUUGCUUCUUUGUCAUUCCAGCUGAAGUGGAAGUAGGAUUCUGAAAGAUCUUUGAAGUUUUUGCGUUGUUGGACAAAAGAGAGAGGGACACAAGGGUUGUGAAAUCCUGCAUAUGGUUGCUAAUUGGCCUCUCAAACAUUGACAGCAUGGAUUUCAUCCAGGAGUACUUUGUUAAAUUACUGUUGCAAACAAAUUAAAGGAAAUUAAAAGAGAAGGGUACAAUUGCUCUCUAAUUUGGCAAAGCUUUUUUUAUUUGCGCCAUGCUUAAUCAUGAAUAAUUGAUGAGUACUUCCAGAUGGAUUGUUGAUGGUGUGCAUCAAAGCAUGUGCGAUCAUAGAUGGUGCUGAAGGCUUCACUCUUUCAGGGCAUCCAUGGAUUUUGUUUUACACGGAGCUUACACCUUUAAGACAUUGUCCAUCAGAUCAAAAACAAAGAAUCAAGGUGCUGCAACUUCCUGCCAACUUGCAAAUGCACUUGUAUUUGUGUCACCUGGAAACCAGGUAGGAGUUGGCUCUCCUGAAGAGGACUUGAAUCAACAUCCAUCUGAUAGUUUGAGCUGCAUGUUAGAAGAGCAUGGUGAAUGUGGUUUGGUUGAUGCUCUUGCAGUGGCGAUUUCCCAUGUUAAGAUGUUGGAGCCAAAGAGGAGUAGAUUAUGGGGACCCACUGGCCCAUAGAGCAGCAGUGUUCAUCUAACAUCUCAGCUAACAAUCUGUGUAGAGCAUUUUGAUUCUGCUGCCAGACUGACACCACUAACAUUGCUCUUCUCCACUGUUUUGCGAGCUGGGAGAGGAUUCAAAACAACCACACCCUAACUCCAAUAUUCAGUGGGAGCAUUUGUUGCAACAGUGCUGGGAGUUGCAUAAAAGAGCUCGACUCUUUGAGCAGAGAAGUAAUAAUGUCGAAGUUGCACCAUAGCUGAUGCCCUCGAGAUUGGAAUGCGACUGCUACUCUCUCUCAACUGCUAAAGUGCCACCGUCAAUUAUGGAUCUUGAUUCUAAACCUUAUAAACAAUAGGCCUUUGUUUUCGAACAUGAACUGCUGAACUUGGAAAUGCGGAUUAGCAUCUUCUAUUA